CUCGGAGCAAGGUCUCGCCCGCGAAGUGGCAGCUGCGGGGUCCCCUCGGCGGAGACAGCCAUGCACGUUGUGGCUGCGAGAAUGCUGUUUGAGUGGAAUGUCAUGGCCAGCUCCUCGGACAGUGAAGAUGACAGUUUCAUGGCUGUGGACCAAGAAGAGGCUGUGCUGGAAGGGACAAUGGAGCAGGAUGAGGACCCCCACCCAGCACUGGAGGCUGAGGAGAUGAGACACAACAGGUCUAUGUCUGAGCUGCCAGAAGAGGUUUUGGAGUAUAUCCUGUCGUUUCUUUCACCAUACCAGGAACACAAAACUGCAGCUCUUGUCUGCAAACAGUGGUAUCGACUUAUCAAAGGUGUAGCCCACCAGUGUUAUCAUGGUUUCAUAAAGGCUGUCCAGGAAGGACACAUUCAGUGGGAGAGUCGGACGUACCCUUACCCUGGAACCCCAAUCACUCAGCGGUUCUCACACAGUGCAUGCUAUUACGAUGCUAAUCAGUCUAUGUAUGUGUUUGGAGGAUGUACCCAGAGCAGCUGCAAUGCUGCCUUCAAUGACCUCUGGAGACUUGACCUAAAUAGCAAAGAGUGGAUCCGACCUUUGGCUUCAGGGUCCUAUCCUUCCCCUAAAGCUGGAGCAACUCUGGUCGUGUACAAGGACCUGCUGGUGCUGUUUGGUGGCUGGACACGACCAAGCCCAUAUCCCCUACACCAACCAGAGAGAUUCUUUGAUGAAAUACACACUUACUCACCCUCUAAAAACUGGUGGAACUGCAUUGUGACAACCCAUGGGCCACCUCCCAUGGCUGGCCAUUCCUCCUGUGUGAUAGAUGAUAAAAUGAUUGUCUUUGGUGGCUCCUUAGGAUCCCGGCAAAUGAGCAACGAUGUCUGGGUCCUUGACCUUGAGCAGUGGGCGUGGUCCAAGCCGAACAUCUCUGGCCCCAGUCCUCAUCCUCGAGGUGGCCAAUCUCAGAUUGUCAUAGAUGAUGCAACUAUCUUAAUCCUUGGAGGAUGUGGGCCUGGUGUCCCAAACUGCUGCAAUAAGCUCUUCAAGGAUGCUUGGUUGUUGCACAUGCACUCAGGCCCCUGGGCCUGGCAGCCACUCAAGGUAGAAAAUGAAGACCAUGGGGCCCCAGAACUAUGGUGCCACCCAGCUUGCCGGGUGGGGCAGUGUGUGGUGGUCUUCAGCCAGGCACCUAGUGGGAGAGCCCCACUCAGCCCCAGUUUGAACUCCCGCCCCUCACCUAUCAGCGCCACCCCUCCAGCCCUGGUUCCUGAAACCCGAGAGUACCGCUCUCAGUCUCCAGUAAGGAGUAUGGAUGAAGCUCCUUGUGUUAAUGGCCGCUGGGGAACACUGAGGCCCAGAGCCCAAAGGCAGACCCCCUCAAGUUCCCGGGAAGGGAGCCUUUCCCCAGCCAGAGGAGAUGGCUCUCCCAUCCUCAAUGGUGGCAAUUUGUCUCCAGGAACAGCAGCUAUAGGUGGCUCUUCCUUGGACAGCCCUGUGCAAGCCGUAUCUCCUAGCACUCCAUCUACCACUGAAGGAUAUGACCUCAAAAUGGGACUUACUUUGGCCUCCCGGCGAGGGUCACUACCAGAUCAGAAAGAUUUGAGGUUAGGAUCAAUAGAUCUGAAUUGGGAUCUGAAACCCACUUCGAGUAGCAAUCAUAUGGAUGGUGUGGACAACAGGACAGUUGGGGGAAGCAUGAGACACCCUCCUGAACAGACGAAUGGUGUGCACACCCCACCACACGUGGCCAGUGCCCUUGCAGGAGCUGUCUCCCCAGGUGCCCUGCGUCGGAGCCUAGAAGCCAUCAAAGCAAUGUCAUCCAAAGGCCCCUCAGCCUCCGCAGCACUAAGCCCUCCUCUGGGGUCUUCCCCAGGCUCUCCUGGGAGCCAGAACCUGAGCAGUGGAGAAACAGUGCCCGUUCCCCGUCCCGGGCCUGCCCAAGGAGAUGGACAUUCCUUACCUCCCAUUGCCCGCCGCCUGGGCCACCACCCUCCACAGUCCCUAAAUGUUGGCAAACCUUUGUACCAGAGUAUGAACUGCAAGCCCAUGCAGAUGUAUGUGCUAGACAUUAAAGACACCAAGGAGAAGGGGCGGGUCAAAUGGAAAGUAUUUAAUAGCAGUUCUGUGGUUGGACCUCCUGAAACCAGCCUGCAUACAGUGGUCCAAGGCAGGGGUGAACUCAUCAUAUUCGGAGGACUCAUGGACAAGAAACAGAAUGUGAAGUACUAUCCAAAAACAAACGCCUUGUACUUUGUGCGAGCAAAGAGAUAAUGUGUUCUAAACCCCCUUCCCUUUCUGUGGCUUUUAAUUUUCCAGCGUGCAAGCAUUUGGACUGAGAAUUGGGAAAACAAAGGACAGAAUUACUACCAUAAACCAAAACCCCAAUUCCCAACCUCACUCACUCCAGGCUGGGAUCAAAUCUCCAUUAAGAAAAAAAAUUAUAUAUAAAUAUAUAAAUAUAUAUUAUAUAGCCAACUCUGUUUACAAAGAGGGAGAGGUCUCUGUCCUGGUUCAGAUAAAUUUGUUGCUGUGUUUUAGCAGAGGCUGUGCUGCCUUUUUCUACUUUGCUGGUAACUAGACCAAGAAUUUAGGGAACAAACUAAUGUCAGAACUUACCUAAAGCAACUGAAGAGCCCCCAUAAAUCUUUAUGUGGCCUUCUUGGAGUGAGAGUAAGAAAGCGUGUGUAAGGUGCCCACGUGGAGGCUUUCGAUCCACGAGCUCCAGGAAGUUGGUAGGGUGAAAGGACCCUGUAGAGAACUGUUCCUCCCUUCCUUUUAAAACCAGAGAGGACCUGUGCAAACUUUUUUUUGUGGUCAUUCCCUCUGCCAGGCCCCGUUCUGCCCUUGUGACUGAGGAAAGUUGCCCAACCAGGAAUUCUGUUCCACGUUUGUGUGCUGGGAUCACCAUGAGACAGUGUUUAUGCAGAGAUGCCUGUCUACCUGGUGUCCACUGGUCUUUAGCAUGCUCCCUCUGUGUCUCAGAAAACAUAUUGGUGUCUGAUUUUGGAAUUUUCUGACAAUCGUAUUUGAUUGCAAUUUGCCAAAAACCGCAUUUGUUCACUUAAAACUUGAUCCGCAGAAGCUGCUUUUUCCCUUUUUUUUUUUUUUUUUUUUUUUUUUUAAAAAGCCCUAUCAGCUUUCUCACUUUCUUUUACAAAGCUAAGGUGCCCGGGGAAAUCUCCUAGAGAUAUUUCUGGGACCCUUUCUCUGGUAUCACUUAGGGGCCUAGUAGAGAAUUCCAAGAUGCUAGUAUCAUGAGAAAUCCAUUAAGCGGCAGAAAAUACUGGUUUUUCCUUGUGGGCUUCUUUUUACUUCCAAAGCACAUUGGGCAUACCCAUCCAUAUUUAUACAAUGAGGAAAUUGAUCCUGGAAGGGAAACCCAGUAAUAGCUCCUUCUAGAAGUGAUUUCUGCCCCUGUUGUGACAUGUGUUUUUCUGUCAGGCUAUUGACUAGUGAUUGGGUUGAGUGUCCUGUGCUUACCCUCUUUGAUGCAAGACUGACCUUGGGAGCAGUGUCUCCUUUGUGACAGUCUCGUUCACAUGUGCCCCAAAUAAGGGUUGGGUUUUUAUGUUAUGCCAUUUCUGAGAUACGGUGCAACAAACUAGAGCAUUUCUUUGCUAGAUAUAAGAAGUUACAAAUUAUCAGUCUCUAAACCAUGGCCUGGAUGUAAGAGAUUAGUUAAGUCAAAUGGCACCAUUUAAAUGUGGAUUUUUGGUGAUUUCUCAUUAGUGGCAAGAAGAUUUUUACUUUGCCCUUAGGAUUUGAAUUUCAAAACAUUGCAUUUCCCAUCUUUCACGCCCCCCUUUUUCUUGUUAGCAUUUCCCAAGCGCAAGACUGCUACAGCUGGCCCUGGGUCCUGGCUUUAGGCCAGCACUUAGCAGUCUGUCUGAUAAAGUGUGUUUUCUCCUAUUACAUCAUGUUGAAUUCUUUCCCCUAGCCAUUAGCUUUUACAAUGUGGUCUUGGUGGGAAAGCCCCCCUGGUGCCAAGCCCAGGGAAGGGCCAGCUCAUAGGGAGAGGUCUGUGUUCCAGAAACUGUUCCAUGUGCUCCCUUAGAUGACAAAACUACCAUGUGCCUAUUUACUGUGGUGUCCACCUACUCCUGGCUCAGCACUCGGCUUGCUAGACACCUUGCUCUGGGGCUGUUGCUGGUCGUCCUCUGGCAAAGACUGUUAGAUCAUGUGGGGUCCUUAUUCACAAGAGAAAGCUAGCCUGUAAGAUUAGGUAUUACAUUUUUGCUAUUGCUGAACAUUGUUUAUGACAUUGCGUUUGUGCAUGGACAGCAUCCCCAAACUCCGUUCCUAUUUAAAUAUAAAGUAUUUGGAAGCCUGAAA